AUGAGGUUCACCGACGCCCUCUUCGCCGCGGCCGCUACUAGCGGCGCAACCGCAGCCGCAACCGGACCCGAGGCUCAGGGGCUCGGGGCGCGGCAGGCGGCCAACACCAUCACGGUCGACCUGACCAAGACAUACCAGACCAUGGACGGGUUCGGGUUCAGCACGGCGUUCCAGCGCGGCAACCUGAUCACCAACCUGUCGAACAAGAAGGUGCAGCGGGAGCUGCUCGACCUGCUCUUCAACCGCACGACGGGGGCCGGGUUCAGCAUCAUCCGCACGGGCAUCGGGUCCAGCCCGGACAGCUCGUCGGACCACAUGAACACGUUCGCGCCCAAGAACCCCGGCGGGCCGACGGCGGCGCCGCAAUACCAGUGGGACGGCAAGGACAGCGGGCAGCUGUUUGUGUGCCAGGAGGCGGUCAAGACGUACGGCGUGCGGGCCAUCUACGCGGACGCGUGGAGCGCCCCGGGCUACAUGAAGACCAACAACAACGAGAACAACGGCGGCACGCUGUGCGGGAUGCCGGGGGCGGCGACGUGCCAGAGCGGCGACUGGCGGCAGGCGUACGCCAGCUACCUGGCCGCCUACGUGCGCUUCUACCGCGAGGCGGGCGUCAACGUGACGCACCUGGGCUUCCUCAACGAGCCCGAGUUCGCCGCCUCGUACGCCUCCAUGUCGGCCAACGGGAACCAGGCCGCCGACUUCAUCAAGGUGUUGCACGCCACGCUCGUGGCCGAGAACCUGACCGACACGACGGGCAUCGCCUGCUGCGACAGCGAGGGGUGGGGGAACCAGGUCAAUAUGAUGAACUCGAUCAGGUCGGCCGGCGCCGAGGACCUGAUGAAGGCGGUCACGUCGCACACGUACACGGGCGGGUCGUCGGGCGCCAUGAACACCAAGGUGCCGGUCUGGCUGUCGGAGCAGUGCGACCUGCAGGGCGCGUGGACGACGGCGUGGUACUCGAGCGGCGGCGCCGGCGACGGCCUGACCUGGGCCAACAACAUCUACUCGGCCGUCGUCAACACGGGCGUCUCGGGCUACCUGUACUGGGAGGGCGUGCAGUGGCCGAACCCAAACACGAACGAGAAGAUCAUCAAGGUUGACAACGCCACAAACACCUACGAGGUCGCGAACCGCCUCUGGGCCUUCGCCAACUGGUCGCGCUACGUCCGCCCCGGCGCCGUCCGCGUCGGUAGCUCUGGCGGCGGCGGCGGGAGCGUCAAGACGGCGGCGUUCAAGAACCUCGACGGGUCAAUCGCCGUCGUGGCCAUUAACACGGGCGCCAGCGCGUCGCCCGUCUCCGUCAAGGUCGCGGGCGCCGGCGAGGCGCGCGCAUGGGUGUCGGAUAACACCCACAAGUGCGAGGAGACGACUGUCACGGUCGGCAGCGACGGCGCCGUGGCUGGGUCGUUGCCGGCCAGGUCGAUCGUCACGUUCGUCAUCACCCCUGCUGCUGCUGCUGCGCCGGCGGCUGAGGGUGGUGGCGAUGCAUGA